AUGGGGUGGGACUUUGGGGCCAAAACUCCAGGUUCCAAAAUGGCAGCGUCCGUGGAGCUAAGCUUGAACGAUUUACCCUCCGAUCCUCUAUUGUUAAUUUUGUCAUUUCUCGAUUUCAGAGACUUAAUCAGCUGCAGUUUUGUCAGUCGUCGUCUCAACGACCUGUCAAGUCACAACCCGCUAUGGAAGGGACUGUGUCUGAAACACUGGCUCCUAACUGAGUCCGACAGGAGCCAGCGAUCUGUCUCAUGGAGGGAUCUGUUCCGGGAGUUUUAUGCUGAACUGGGUCGGUACAUGGAUCACUACAUCACCCUGAAGAGAGCCUGGGAUGCACUAAAGGCCUAUUUGGACCAGAGGUGUCCCAGGAUGAUUGCCUCACUCAAGGAGGGUGCAAAGGAGGAGGAACUAGAUGCUAUCGAAGCCCAGAUUGGCUGCAAGCUUCCCACUGACUACCGCUGCUCUUACAGGAUACACAACGGCCAGAAGCUGGUGGUGCCUGGUUUGAUGGGCAGCAUGGCCCUGUCUAAUCACUACAGGUCAGAGGACCUGCUGGACAUAGAGACAGCCGCAGGGGGCUUCCAGCAGAGGAAGGGCAUGAGGCAGUGUCUGCCGCUCACCUUCUGCUUCCACACCGGCCUGAGCCAAUACAUGGCCUUGGAGGCCACAGAAGGCCGGGGCCGCAGCGAGAUCUUCUACCACUGCCCAGAUCAAAUGGCACAAGAUCCGUCAGCUAUAGACAUGUUUAUCACAGGGUCCAGCUUCACAGAGUGGUUUACCUCAUAUGUCCACAAUGUGGUGACAGGAGAGUACCCCAUCAUCCGCGACCAGAUCUUCCGGUAUGUCCAUGACAAGCAAUGUGUGGCCACCACGGGUGACAUCACUGUGUCGGUGUCCACUUCCUUCCUCCCAGAGCUCAGCUCCGUUCACCCGCCUCAUUUCUUCUUCACCUACCGGAUCAGGAUUGAGAUGUCCCAGGAGGCCUUGCCUGAAAGCGCCUGCCAGCUGGACAGCCGUUACUGGAAGAUCACGAACGCCAAUGGCAAUGUGGAGGAGGUCCGUGGCCCUGGUGUCGUUGGGGAGUUCCCUGUGAUGACCCCUGGGAAGGUGCACGAGUAUGCCAGCUGCACCACCUUCUCCACCACGUCGGAGUUCAUGGAGGGCCACUACACUUUCCACCGCCUCAAGAACAAGGAAGAGGUCUUCCAUGUCUCCAUCCCACGCUUCCACAUGGUCUGCCCGCCCUUCCGCGAGUCAAUGGUACGCUCGGGCUCAGCCAGUGACGUGACUCGCUCGUCCUUUCGGGAAGACAAUUCCUCAGACACAGAUGACUACGACGACGGCGAGCUGAGAGGCAUCAACAUUGGCGAUCAGGCAGGUCGCUGCCCGCGACACAUAUGACCACGCUCCUUUUUGUCCUCUGGUUGCACCCCCUCGUCUUGCCUUUGGACUGGAGAAGGGGCAAGGCCACAAGAGAAAAGACUUACGAUUUACAGAAGAUUUAAAACAUUAGUUUUUAUUAUUUGUUAAGCUGUAUGUAAUGGCAGUUGGGUGGCUGAAAGAGAGAGGGAGAGUGGGAAGGAGAGAGAGAAAAAGCUAAAUGCAUGACCCCGUGUGAACUUUUCAAUCCCAGUCCUGGGAGAUACUAGGAACUGAGUGAUUGGCAGAUCUAGCAUACUCAGAGCAUUGUGAUUGGCUGUUCUGUUAGGGUUCCAUUGUUUACCUUCUCUGGUUUCAGCCAGGGAGAGAUCUGGAGUGCUGGCCCACAGAGAACCGCCAACCCUCCGCCAUGAAGAGCACAGUUGUCAGUUCUUUUUCUGUAGCUCCAUUGUCUAAGCACCCGGCUGGCCACUACUGGGUGAUGCCCUGUGUCCCUGCUCAACUCUCCCUGUGUCCCUGCUCGUUAUGGGGACAACAGGAUUCAGGAAUUUCUCUUCUCAUAUCCCCUUAUAUAAGUUCAGAUGUGACCCUGACCUAGGUCCCAGUGUUGGGCAGCUCAAGUUGAGCUCCAUCAUCUGGUGGCAGUCAGUGUCCCUGCCCUGGCUAGCCCACAGGACAGAACCAGGAUUGUCAUCCCCCCAAUUACCCUAAACAACUGCAGGGUUGUGUACUCUAAACAAAUGUAGAUUGGUAUUCUAUAAUGUAGACUGGUGAUGCAGUGAUCUAUACUGGUACAGUAAGAAUGUGGUUUCUCUCUGUCAUUCAUUCAUGUACGUCGUUUAUCAGUGUCAUAUAUAAUACAUUGUGAUUAUGUGUAAGAGUGUUAUAGAGAUGAUUUGAGUGUUUUGAUUGGAUGCGCUCCCUUUUUGACCAAUGAGCAUUAGGUGCCUCCGAGGGCUCAUGUAGAAGUCACAAUGUUUUCAGGUUGUCCCAAACCUGUCAGCUCAUCAACAGUGGUAUGUCACAUCAGCACAUUACUGCACAAAUGGACAUGGACAUACUCUGGACAAGACCAUUACACACUUUGGGGGGGGUAUCUUUUUUUGUAUAUUCACCUGGGGGACAGUAUAAUGACAGUAUGUUACCUAUGAUUAUUAUUUGAGAGAUGAUAAAGUCUCUAUAGGCAUAAGGCCCUCAGUUCUGCUGUGUGGUGGGAGGGCAGGGGUGUUUUAUUUUGGUAAGUGAUUAUUUUAAGCUUAUUUUUCCAUUUAUAAGGAAGUUGUGCAAUAGAGCGUCUGGCUCUGCUCCAUGCUAAUUUCAAACCUCAGUUGAUUUGUUCAGUGUCACUGUUUUUUACUGCCAAUUUGUGUUUUGUUUUUGUAUGUUUGGGGUAAAUAAACACUUUAUGCUGAA